AUGAACAGACCACAGAGCACACAGUCCAUUCAGCCCGAACCAGCAUUCUCUUCCUCCGACAGCAAUGCCACCAAAGAAACAGCGCGACAAAGACGCAGUCGACAAGCAACUACCGGAAAACGUGAUGAUCGAGCCUCGGUCUACGCCGACAAUGAAGCACGAUCCAGUGUUAGCCAUGAGCGAUCACCCAACGACGAGCUACCAGUCGCCCCUGAAAAAGCGCAAGAGCACGAUCGAGAAGCACAGCCGAAAGAUUUUCGAUACAGUCGACGCGACGGCAACGACAAGGAAGUGCGCGCGUCCGUGCGCAUCAAGGCUCGUCUUCCGACACAGUCCGAGGUCUACACUUUUUACGACUCUACUUUGGCGAAUGCCUUCAAGCAAGCGCAACAGGACAACCCAUUCGAAGCAAAGCAAUUCCUCAUCUCUGUCUCACUACUCAAAGUGAACAUCGACGACCCCAAGCUUCCACGUCCAGGAGAUGUAGUGAUGGUCACACCGUACAAAACAGCGUACAAACGCUACGUCUACCGCAACAGCCGUCAAAUCGAUGCCAAACUGUACGGCCUCACUAAGAUCAACAUCUCGUAA